AUGGCUGUCAAGGAGAUAUACACCGAUCUGACCAUCAUUGGAGCCGGCCCUACUGGGCUCACCGUGGCCCUGCUGGCACGCAAGCUGGGGCUCAGUGUAUUCAUCGCCGACAAAGCACCCACCUCUCUCCCCGUUGGCCGCGCCGAUGCUCUCAAUGCGAGAAGCCAGCAGACCCUGGAAGUCGUCGGCGUGCUUGACAAGCUCGAGCCCAAGGGCCUAAAGUGCAACACUAGCUCGACCUUUGCAAACGGCGAGUUCGUCUCGCGGCAGAACAAAUGGUGGGUGUCGCUGCGCAACUGCUUCCGGCCCAACUUCCUGAUGAUCGGCCAAUCCGACGUCGAGGCGGCCAUGCACGAGAUGCUGGACGUCGAAUGCCACCACGACCACGAGGCCCUCAGCAUCGAAGAGUGCCCCGGCGUCGACGGCGGCGACGACUUUGUGCGGACCACGUUCAAGGACAAGGUCGUCAUCAGCAAGUACGCCGUGGGCGCCGACGGCGCCCGCUCCAUGGUGCGCAACCAACUGCAAAUCCCCUUCGAGGGCGACAAGCCCAACAUGAACUGGCACGUCCUCGACACCUUCAUCGACACCGACUUCCCCUGCUGCCCGGAAAUCAUCACCUUCCAGGUCGACGGCCAAGCCCGCAUCUCCUGGAUCCCCCGAGAACGCGGCAUGGCCCGCUUCUACACGCUCCUCGAAGACAACUCCCGCGCCACCCAGCCCCGCAUCGAAGCCGAGAUCCGCAAGUUCCUGGCCCCCCACCGGGUCGACUUCAAGCGCACCGAGUGGUUCUCCAUCUUCGAGAUCAAAGAGCGCGUGGCCCGCACCUACUUCUCGCCCAGGCAGCGCAUCGUGCUCGCCGGCGACGCCGCGCACAUCCACGCCGUCAACGGCGGCCAGGGCCUCAACACGGGCCAGGCCGACGCCUUCGCCCUGGCCUGGCGCCUCGCCCUGGCCGUCAAGCUGCAGGGGGGAAGCCACAAGGUGCUGCAGAGCUACGAGGACGAGCGCCUGGCCACGGCGCGCGCCGUCAUCGACGUGGCGGCGCAGCUGGUGCGGAGCACGGUCAAGACCGCCGCCGAGUACGUCGACCUGAUCGAGCGGAACGCAAACUACAUCACCGGCAUGGGCGUCGCCUACGCCCGCGACACGCUCGUCGUCCGCGGCGAGCCGGCGGGCAUAUUCGUCCCCGGGCACCGCACGCCCGACGUCUACUUGCACGCCGCGGCUGGGGACGACGUCGACGGCGAGGGCGAGGGCGAGCGGCUGUAUGGGAGCUACUCGUACGGAAAGUUCCUCGUGCUCUCGCUUCGGGGCGCGUCGUGGGACCCGCCUGCUUCGGCGGCGUGGGCGCGGGACUGGGUCGAGACGUGGGAUGUGUCGGGCGGCGGCGGCGGCGGCAGCAGCAGCAGCAGCAUCGGAGCGGCGCGGCGGUUCGUGAGGAUGAGCAACGUGGGCGUCACCAGCGACCAGCCCGUCGACAUCGGCGACGGCUCGGCCGGCUUCGUCGUCGUGCGGCCGGACAUGUACACGGGCUAUGCGGGCAAUGACGUGCGUGGCUACUUGGAGGGUGUCUUCGGCCGGUGA